GGAAGCGUGCCCGGGGGGCCCUAAGGCUCACACCAUGAGAGAAGAGAGCAGUCAGCAAGUAAUAGGGAUUCCGACCGUGGAACCCAAAGGCUUCUACUUGAUGGAAGCCGCGGAAGAGCUCUCGGACCAGUUCCUUCACCUAACAAAGAUAUUCCUGCCUCAUCUGGCUCGCCUCUGUCUGAUCAGCACCUUCUUAGAGGAUGGCAUUCACACCUGGUGGCAGUGGAAUGAACAGAAGGAAUCCAUUAAGAUGUCCUGGAUUAGCAGCCCUUUCCUGGCAUUAAUUUUUGGAAUGAUCAAAACAUUUGGGCAAUUGGUGGGAUGUGUGUUGAUUUUGGUCCAGAAGUGUGUUCCUUAUGCCUGUUUUGUGCUGUUUGGAAUCAUUUUCAUGCAGGUCAUGGCCUAUGGCCUUUUGUGGAACCUCAGAUUCCUGAUGAGGAACGUUGCUUUGGGUGGUGGUCUGCUGUUCCUCUUAGCAGAGAACCAGGGAGAAGGGAAGUCCAUAUUUGCUGGUGUCCCCACCUUGGAUUGCACCUCUCCCCAUCAGUACAUUCAGCUGGGAGGAAGAGUUCUUCUCCUCCUCAUGUUCAUAUCACUCCUACACUUUGAAGUGAGCGUGUUCACUGUAAGUGACCUGCAGAUUUCUCCUUCAUUCCCCUUUCCCUGACCAUUUAUCCAUUUUUUUCCAACAUUUCAGAGCCUUCCCCUACCCCCAUAGUAGUUAAACAGGCUUCUGUUUCAUCCUUAUCUCCUUGAUUUUUUCCAAUUACUUCCCUUCUCCUGACACAUUGCUAUUAUUUAUUUCACUCUUUAGUUCAGCUCAUCCUUUUUGUCCGUCUAUAUAUACUAGCAAAGCAAUCAUAUAGAAAAGUCCAUUAGAGCUUUAAGAUUUGUGGAAAGGCCUGUUCAGAAGACUGAUCAGAAGGAUUUGUUUCAUGUUCCCAACAUGGCCAAUGCCCCUCACCAUGAUAAGGGAGAUUGGCCAGUAGCUCACCCAUACUUAAAUUAACCCAACUGCCAGCGUAAUACAAGUUAUGUUACAACCAUCAUAAAUGGUUGUAAAACC